AUGGAUACUGGAGAGAGGGGAUUGUUUAUUGUUGGUUUUGCUGGAGACGGCUCUAACUACUGCAAUCAGAACAGCAACUUUGAACUCUUGCCGCCAAAAAGACAUUCAGAAAUAUUGACUGAAUUUUCUGCAUGUCCAGCAAAAUAUCACCUGCUUCAAUAUUUAUUUUGCAGAGAUCACCUUGAGAACUGCACAAGUGACUAUACUGUACACCUCCUGGUGGGAUACUGUGUGGUCUACAUUUUCAUGCAAACUUUCAUGAUUCCGGGGACUGUUUUUAUGUCACUGCUAGCUGGAUCCCUUUUUGGUGUCAUCAAGGGUGUAGCUCUGGUUGUGUUCACUGCCACUGCCGGUGCUUCUUCCUUCUAUUUCUUGUCAAAAUUGAUUGGGCGACCUAGAGUCUUUACGUUAUGGCCUGACAAGCUGGUUUUCUUCCAAGACCAGGUAGCUAUAAGAGGAGAGAGUUUGUUGAACUGCUUUCUUUUCCUCAGACUGACCCCAACUUUGCCUAACACGUUUAUUAAUGUUGCUUCUCCAAUAGUUGAUGUGCCAUUGCAAAAGCUUUCUGAUCUCUAA